CAUCACUAACUCACACACCAAAUUGAAGCAACUAAGAGUAGCAUUCUAAGAGUCUCUUAGUAGCUUCCAACAUCUUAAUUUCUCAAUGGCUUCCAAGGCUGCUAUUCUCCUCACUCUCAACAUUCUCUUCUUUACAGUGGUCAGCUCCAGCUAUGUUCCAUGUCCUCCACCCCCGAAGGGUCACAAAACCCCACCCUCCACACCAGUCCCAAACCCACCCUCCACAAAACCACCCUCCACAAAGCAGCCUAGUUGCCCUAGGGACACCAUCAAGUUGGGUGUGUGUGCUGAUGUGUUGGGUUUGAUCAAUGUGCAGCUUGGAAAGCCACCAAAGACCCCAUGCUGCUCCCUCCUUCAGGGUCUUGCUGAUCUUGAAGCUGCUGUGUGCCUUUGCACUGCUCUUAGAGCUAAUGUCCUUGGAAUCAACCUCAACAUCCCCAUCAACUUGAGCUUGAUCCUCAACUACUGUGGAAAGGGUGUACCUAAGGGAUUCGUGUGCUCUUAAUUAAACAAACACGUCCUAGCUUUCAUCAUGGUGUCUGCUUUUUAUUAAUACUUUGAUAAUAUUUUCCUCCUUCUCAUAUAUACUUUGCCAAUGAAAUGAACAUGUUGUUCAUAUUUGAUUAUUGUCAUUAUUAUUAUAUUUGUAGUGAUGGUUGGAACUUGAAGGCUGCUUGUCUUCCUUCUUAGCCUCACUAGUGUUUUGUAUUGAUCUAAGUAAAAGUUCUAUCAAUAUAUAAAAGUCUCUGUUUAAGGAAA